UAUAAAUAUUUCUGUCGGUUGACCCUAAUUCACAUUUAUCUAUAAAUAUCAACAGGUAAAUGAAUACGAAUGUUUUUAAACAAGAUAGUUUUAACAAAUGGAAAUUCUUAGUCGAAAAAUAUUUUUUUCGCAUUCUACGGUAACCUCCUAACCAGUAGGCGGAGAACCGAUUUGUGGUUUCUGUUUUUAUUGCCCAAAGAUGGCUGAAGUUGACAACGAUGUUGAGCAGAAAACAACAAACAAAGAUGAUUUGCAGGUUUUAAAGACGGAAUUGUACAGAUCAGUGGAUCUUUCUAAUGUCUCUCAGGAACUUGUGGAUGGACUUUAUCACUAUAGAGACCAUUAUUUUGAAACGCACACUGUGGAGGAUGCCAGCAAGAAACAGAACGAUGUUUUAGAAGAGAUGAAUAAGACGCUUAAGAGGCUGGAGGAGAAGGAAGAGUUCUACAAAAACAACGCCCAGUACCUACUCCUGCGGGGCCGGUGUCUGAACAUAGCUGCAAAGUUCAGUCAGGCAGCAGAAGACAGCCUCUCUCGAGCAGUAAAACUGGAGCCUGGCCUGGUGGAAGGGUGGAACACAUUAGGGGAGCAGUACUGGAAGAAAGGAGACCUAGUUGCUGCAAAGACCUGUUUUACAGGGGCCCUACAGCAGCGCAAGAACAAGGUGUCUUUGCGAAACCUCUCUAUGGUGCUGAGGCAGCUGCCCCCAGAAGAGAAAACUGAAGAGCAAAGUAAACCUGUCCUGAAGAGUGUGGACCUAGCCAGACAGGCUGUGCAGCUAGACGUCGCAGAUGGAAUGUCUUGGUACAUCUUAGGAAACGCAUACAUCUCUCUGUUCUUCACCAGUGGACAGAAUCCUCAGAUGUCUCAGCAAGCUCUUAGUGCCUAUUCACAAGCUGAGAAAAUUGAUAAAGUGUCUGCUUUGAAUGCUGAUCUGCACUUCAAUCGAGCCACACUGUUCCAGUAUGAGGAGAUGUUCAGUUCAGCUCUGGCUGGGUAUAGUCGAGCUGCUGCCCUUGACCCUGGGUGGGAUGAACCUCUGGAGAGAGAGAGGCAAUUGCUAGACUACCUGGAUCACAUCAUGAAUUUAAUAGAGAAUAAGGGGAAAGUGAAAGCACGGCGCUUGCGCAACAUGUUAUCCUCUCUCAGCGUGUCUGCUCUGGGACCAUGUGCCUCCCCCCAGUUCCACUCCCCUACAGGCCGCAUCGGAAGCCUGGAGCCAUGCUGUUUUAAUUCCCUCACACACGGCUGCAACAUUGGUGUUGCAGCCCUGGGAAAGGUGGUGUUUAGCCUGGCUACAGAGGGUCGCAUGGCCUUUACAUUUGGUAUGGUGGACAGUGAGGAAACAUGUUGUGUGGUCAUGGUCUAUAACAUAGCUGAUGGCUGGGGUGUUUUAAUAGGAGACACAGUAGUUAUUCCUGACCCGCACAUCAAACGGCACAGCAUAACACACAAUGAUAAGUCUUAUGAUUUCCGCAGUAUACGUGUGGACUCGCCUUUGCUGCUGAUUGUCAAUGGAAAGAGACAAGCGAUGCAAAGCCAAACGGCAGCUUCUGUCAGUUACAAACCUCAUACUGAAUAAGACUGGAAGCAGCGGGAAACUAUGAACAAGACUUUUUUUCCCAUUUGGGCUUGUAUAUAGUGUGUAAUGUCUUUAUUAGUCAAAACUGUGUAUAUAUUGUACUUUUUUUUUUUUUUUGUAAACUGUCACUGGUUUGGGAGGCUGUUUUUGGAAAAUAUUCUAGUGCUGCCUAUUUUACAUUAGAUGUCAACAAAAUAAAUCUCCGAAAGGUGCUCCUAAAGUA